AUGGGAUUUGAAACUGUUGUUCCUGCUCCUCCUACAAGAGAUGAUGAACUUAGAAUGAUCAAGGCUACUGAAGAAUAAUUUUUACAAUAGCCCAGAUAUAAAUUAUACAUGAAUGAAGCUCAUCGUAUUGCUAAGAUGAACCAUGGUGAUCGUCACAAUAACAUUAGAGCUCAUUUCUGGAGUAAUUUCGCUUUAGGCUUACUCAUUACUGGUCCUAUUUUCAUUAUUCCUUUCGGUAAAGCAUUCAGAAAUUUGAGAUCAGGUGUACCAUACUACUUCAGACCCAAGUACGUCUUUACCUAGAAAAACUAAUACAACCAAGAUAGAAAUUGGGGUGCUAUGAAGAAAUAAAUUCCUCUUUGGUUAGGUCUCUCAACUGCCUAUGCCUACUGGUUCACUGACUUCUCUAUUAAUGAUGAUGAAUGGCUUGAAAAGGGUAAGGUUAUCUAUCCUCACCAAACUAUUAAGGUUCUCUGA